CUCAGGGUUUGUCUCAAGAUUUUCAAAUUUCAAGGCUAAAUCUCAGUGAUCAUGGAUGGAUGGCGAGAUCAAGCUGUUAGUUCCAAUCAAGAGGUUACAAGAACAAGGUCUAAUAGUUACAGAAAGCCUCCUCUCGGCGGGAAUUUAAAUUGGCAACAAAGCGUCCCUUCGUGGGAGAAAAAGUUUAUUGCCUCAUUUGGCUCGGUACCAUGGAAGAAACUCGUGGAGACAAAGAAAUUCAUCCAUUUGUACGAUAACGUAAUUAAAUGGAAUGACUCCGCAGGAAAAGAAGCAUUCCAAAGCGCGAAAAACAAGUUUUACGCAAAUAUGCACGGUCUUCCCUCCGACAAGUAUUUCCUUGACCCCGAUAUUUACAUCGACAAAAUUGAUUGGAAUUCCCAAGUAGACCCAAAUCUGAUUCUCGACUUAGAAUCUGACUCCGUGGUUCCUGAAUCCUGUUGCAACGACGAACCAGUCGUCAUUUUUGGCACGAGUUUCCCGCCUUCGUAUCAAAGCUUCUCGCCUUACGGAUGGGGGGAUAGCGAUGAUGACGACAAAAAGAAAGAUCCUAAUACAUCACCUGAAUACAAUAUUCAUCAACGGGAAACCGAAGGAAACACGUGGGGUGUCGUUGAUGACGGUAAUAAUUGGUGGGGGUCCAAUGAAGAUGACAAAACGGCCAAUGGAGAUCAUGGCGGCGGCAAUCGGAACGACCACUGGGGUUGGAAUGUGUACGAUAAUAAUAACUAUUACUACGGUGAUGUGAAUAACGAGAUGAGAAAUGGGAGCGGGAGGUCGAUGUCGAGGUAUAAAACAUCGAGGUUCCGUAGGGAUGAUAACCAACCACGGAGGAAUAAUGGAAAUGGGAAGAAAUCGAGUAGUGGUUGUAGACCGUGGAAGUGUGCACCGGUGAACCCCGGUUCGGCUGGGGGAGGUGCACACAGAUGGAGCGUAAAGAAACCUGUUUCUUGAUUUUAAGAGGGUGUGUUUUUUGCUCAAUGACGUUCGUAUCUGUUUUGGUGGAAAGUGCUGAGAGUAAAGUGAAUAUCUACGGGUUUUUGCGUAAGUUUCGAGUAAUAAUUUCUUAGACUAAUUGCGGUAAAAGUUCUUUUUUUGAUGGGUAUCGCAUGUUGUGUAAAACAUCAAUCUUGAUAAAUAUAAAUAUAGUGGCGACAAUUGUUAUG